CCAUGACAGUCGAGACGUCGUGACGUCACCAAGCACUCAAACGGGGCGGGGCUCGUAAACAGAGGAAUCGAAAUAAAGGCUCUUGCACUCAUUUUUAACUUGCGAACAUCUCCUGUUUUUGCACCAUAAAGUCCAAGGUCAACCUUCUGUGAUGCCGAUUCGCCGAGCAGCAGCGACUCCAACCCAGGAGAAGCCCUUCUCGGCCACAGCAGAGAAAGGGCCCGAAGACACCCCCGCGGACUCUCCAUUGGGCGAAGAGGAGCAGCCCGUGUCCUCGGCCGAGGCUGGCAAGGGCGAGGCGAAGGGGGACGACACUGCCAUGCUGGCGGAGAACGGCGAAAAAGUGGACGAAGUAGCCGCCGACAAGUCGGACGACGGAACAGAGAAAAAAGAUUUAUCCGCAGAGAGUGAGAAAUGCAAGGACUGCGUGGCUGGCCAGUGCGCAACACACUGCUAUGUUCUGCUACUAAGGCUAAAGGAUGGCUACAAGUAUAAGAAGUCCAAAGUCAAGAAGGUCAAGCGGACCAUCCCGGUGUGGGCCAGCGUCACCGCCAGGAAGAAGCUUCCUGUCGCCAACUACGCCGGUACACACAACCGACUGGACCACCUGCUCAUCGAAGCCAUCACGUCUUAUGAUCACAGAGGUGGAGUUUCCUACCAGUCGGUCAUGAAGUACAUUGCCAAAAAAUGCCCAGACAUGGAGCUGGAUAAGAAGAAGUUUCACAUAAAGAAGGCGAUGAAGAAGCAGCUGGAAAAGGGCACCAUCAAGCAGCUGAAGGGCAAAGGACUGUCAGGAACUUUCACCAUCGGCAAACAGACUUCUGCGUCCAAAAAGGGCGUCUCGAAGCAGGAAGCUCUGGGAGACGCUCUGCCGCUCAUCAUUACACGUUUGUGCGAGCCCAAGGAGGCUUCAUACCUGCUCAUUAAGAAGUAUCUGGAGCAGCACUUUCCUAGCCUUAACAUAGAGAACAGGCCAGAAGUCCUGAAGUCAGCCCUGGUAAAGGCGGUGGAGCGAGGACAACUCGAGCAGAUCACUGGAAAAGGAGCUUGGGGAACCUUUCAGCUAAAGCGCACAGGCAACCAGGUACUGCUAAAAGGCGGCACCUUGGAGGAUGCCAUCUCGGCAGCCAUCACAGCCAUGAACGAGCCCAAAACGUGCAGCACCACCACGCUGCGCAAGUAUCUGGUGGAUUCCAACAAGGAUACCAAGGAGUACCAGCUUGUGGCCAAUCUGAGAAGGACCCUGACCAAGUGUAAAGUGCUUGGAUGGAUGGAGCAAAUUACUGGUCAUGGUUUUACAGGGACAUAUCGACUCUGUUUUCCGUUCUACCCAAGCCCAACCACUCUAUAUCCGGAUAAAUUCAACAAGGUGUCCACCAAGCCUUCCUCCAGGUCCAGGCGGAGAGCUUCCUCUGAUGAUGAGGAGUCUGAGGAGGAAGAGGAGGAGGAGGACGAAGAAGAUGAGGAGGAUGAGGAGUCUGAGGAAGAAGCUCCCGUCCGGAAGAGGUCCGGAAAGAGACCCCCGCCCAAGGCCCGCAACCCUCCCGCUGCUAAGAAGGCAGGCAGAGGACGCGCUGCGGCCAAAAGAUCACCCGCUAAGAAAGUGGCGGCCAAGAAGACCACAAAAUCAAAGGUGUCUGCUUCUAAAACCACCUCCCCUGUCAAGAGGCGAGGGGCGGCCAAGAGCCCAAAGACCCCCGCCGUCAAACGUCUGAACAGACGGGGCGCCAGGCGACCCGCCAUUCUCGAAGAAUCCGCUGACGAGGAUUCCCCGGCGGAGGAGCCCGAAUCCGACGAGGAGCCCGUCACCACCAAGAAGCGGGGUGCGGCCAAGAAGACCAAACCCGCCUCGCCAGCCAAAAAGUCUAAAGCUGUUUCGCCGGCCAAGCGGCCUGCCAAAAGGGGUGGAGCUAAGCGAUCCAAGCAGGAAGAGUCCGACCCCGAGGAGUCAGAACCGGAGCCUGAACCCAAGAAGUCAUCAGGCCGAGGCACAUCUAAGCGCUCGGCUGCUGAUGAAGGCGAUCAACCCCCCGUGAAGAAAGCAGCUCCUGCCGGCAAGCGGACCACCCGGAAGUCCAAAAGAGGGAAGAACUAAGACCCCAGCCCCAAGUCUGCCAGCACCACCGCCGCUUUCAUCAGUGCUCCCUAUUUUUAUUGUCUUCCCCUUUUUAACGGGGCAGUAGUUCCUUUUUUUUCCCCUCCCAUUUUUACCGUAGAAGAAGGUCACCCCACCAAUUUCCUUUUUAAUCUGUGUGUAGAGAUGCUCACUUCAGCUCAGGCCUGACAUCCUGUGAUUAGAGCCAUGUAGGUUUACCAUGUGAGCCUUUUUCCCACUUUUUUGACCUGGUCCACUCCAUGUUGGCAGCUGGUGUUUUUCCAGGAAAUAACAUGACCGUUUUAGUUCACACCCCCAGCCCGUUCUGGCUCUGUGGAUCACAGAAGCAGACGUUCCGCCAGGGUAUUUGUUGCCCCCCCCCCCCCCCCCCCCCACCAAAAAAAAAAAAAAAAUUGGGACAUUUUACUGUUCUUAAUAUACGUUAAAACAUCAGAUGUCCCUUUGUUUUUCUAUAUAUAAGUGUGUGAUAGAAAAUUGGUUUUAAUGCUUCACAACUGUAAUUCCAUGCGCAGCGCUGUGUUGUGAAUAAGGAAAAGCUGCUUAGCGUAGCGUCUUCAUCCCCUUGCAUGCAUGUGUAUUUCUUGUGUUGGUCAGCCUUUUUCAAGUAAUUAAUAAAAUGGAUCUUUGUACACUGCUUAUUUUUUUUUU